UGGAGGGCAGCACCCAAAGCAGUUCUUGCUGUUCACUCUGGGAGGGGAAGGAGCAAGUGUCUUGCACCGUGUCUGCUGGGGACUCCUGGAGGUGUAGUGCUGGUUGCACUCCCACGCUCUCCAGAAAGCUGCAGUGCCUGCCCCUGCCAAUGCUCAGUGUGUUACAGGGGUUUUUUGAGACAUGCACAUUGAUCCUGCCAGCCCUGAAACCCAUCUCUGCCACUCAGAUUUGAUGCUCAUCCUUCUGCUAUGCUGAGGACUGACUGUGUGUGGCAGAUGCUGCAGUUCCAGCUCGUGGUGGUGCAUUUGGCCCUUGUGAUUGCCCUGCUGUGGUGGAACUCCAGCUCUGUGCUCCUUGCAGAGGCAGCUCCGGAGCCUCUGGAGCCUUCUGCUGCUCUGGGCGUGGGAGCACAUCCCAUUGCCAGUGAGGAGAAGCCAGCCACCAACCUGGCAGCCAGACUGUUCCUUCUUGAUGGCUUGGUGUCUCUGGAGAAUGAGGUGACUGAGACCAAGAAGAAAAGAAGUUUCCCAGGAUUUGGCUCCCCAAUUGACAGAAUUUCUUCAAGCUCUGUGGAUGCUAAAGGCAAACAGAGGAAAGUGCUUGAGCUGCCUAAGAGAAGGUUUGGAGUUCCUCUGGACCGGAUUGGAGUGAGCCACCUCGGCAACACCAGGGCUUAGCAGUUCCUGCAGGUGCUUCUAUUCUGAAUGAGUGAUGCUGUACUGGAAACAUGACAGAGAUAUGGAAGAUGCCUCACAGCAUGUCUUGUCUUUGCCUAAUGAUACAGCACUCAAGGAAUUGACCUCCUCCAAAAUCUGUUUCAAGUUGCAUUUUACAAACGUUGCAUUUACAAAUAAUAACAUAUUCAGUUCAUCAGGUCAGAAUGCUCUCACAGCUGUGCACAGUGUUACUGAUAGGAGGGAACAGAGAGUAUGUAUAUAUUUUUAUUGCAUGGCAUUUAUCUGUUAAACUUAUAGAAGUUUAUUAACCUAGCCAGGACUGAGAUUUUUUGGAUAGAAAAUAAAACUUCCAGAGAUGCCAACAGCAGUCCAUGAAUAGCAGACCGUUUGCUUUGCACGUUUCUUUCUGGAGGGGAGCUGUUUGGUAGGUGAAGGGAGGAUAUAACAGUUAUGGGACAAAGCUAGAAUGCAUUUGAUGUGUUUGGAAGGAGAUGUUUACUGCCUUCCCUGGGAGUUAGUCUGAAUAAGAACAGUGACAAGACCCCUUAGUAUUUGUCCUGAUGUUUUGAGUAGCCUCUCUCUUGUCUCUGCACCAUAUUUAGACAUGUUUUCAUCAUAUGGCAGAUCCUGAAAUGUGGUGAGACUUUUAGUUGAUGAAUACAUUUCACUCCUCCCUAUGCAUAACAUAGGAUAGCAUCCAAAUAUGAAGUCAUCUGCUUCCAAGGCCAUCUGCAUCAUUUGCCUUAUUUUAGCCUCUUGAUGUGUGCACAGGGCAUGGUCAGAAUCCAACUCUAAAAGUUCAAGUAUUUCUCACUCUGGCAAAAGGUGAACAUGUCCUCUCCACUUCAUUUCAGAGUAAAACAGGUUAUCUUAAAUCCUCUUUCAUCCUUUUCACUUCUUUCCAGAUUAUAAAAUAUAGCUGAGAAGAGCUGUCUGCUGACAUCUCAAUGCUCAGAUUCUUAGCUGAUGUUUUCUAAACCUCACAUACUCUCUCUUUCUUGGACUUUGGUCCAUGUCAGCUAAAUUUCUUUGAUUGCUAUUCUUGGGUAUAAAUCAUCCUUAGCAUUGCAAAAGAAGAUCUAUUGAGAAAGGGAUUAUGCAGGAUUAAGGAAAAAAAACAAACUUAUUCUUGCCAAACACCCUGUGUUAGGCAGGGAGUAAUGCUGGAGAUGGGAAUUAAGCGUUAAUUUCCUGAUCUUGUAUGAGCCACAAAACACCUGGCCAUCAGCUAGCAAAAUGGGGGAAAAUAGAGCCAGCUCCAAAACAAAACAAAAAGAAAAAGUAGUUGGGAAAUCAAUGAGACUUAAGAGCAUUUGUGAGUGUUGGGGCUUUGGGACAAUUGCCCUGGUUCAGCCAAGGUGGGAGGUGAGGCUCCUGCUCAGAAGGGCAGGUAACAUUUAAUUCAUGUGCUCAGACAUAACAGGGGCCUUUCCCAUUUUCCUCCUCGCCUACAGCCCUGCCCAGAGACCAAGACUGACCCAGGCACUGAAAAUUCGCAAGAAACUUCACUUUUCUUGACAUCUCUAAUAUAGGCUGAUGCUGCUGAGAACAGCUGCACAAACCAGUGACUCACAUCAAGAGGUGUCCUUAUCUUUGCCAUCUGCUGUAGCACUCCAGCUGAGUUAGGAGAUCAUUCCCCCUUUGGUGAGUGAGCUGUCAGUGCUUGUGUGUGAGGUGAAGCACUGCAGAUGCUUUCCAGACCAAGCUCUUGAAAGUCAGAGAAAAAAGGAAGGCCUGUAAGUCCAUAUGUGAUGAUCUUGUGAUUUUGCUUCCUGCUUUUCUCCUGGUCCCACUGCUACUUUUCUGCCUUUAAGCUUCCAGUUGAAGGGUCUGAGAACUGGAUUGAGUGGGUGCAUGGUAGACUGACUGACUCAAGACAAGAUUUUCAGUCCAUGCUAGAAGCAAGCCUGCAAACACUGUCCCAGGCAGUCCUCUGCAGUGCACUGCCACCAUCCAUCCUGAGCCUGCCCUGUGGUUUAGGGCACAUUUAUCUUCUUGCACUGAGCUCAUCCAGACAGGCUGCAGAUAAUCUGCUUGCAGGGCAGCCAUAUGUACGGGGCAUGGGCAGAUUAUGCAAGGACCUGACCACUCAAACAGCUGCCAGGCAAAAGAACCAUGGACAGAGUCAGUGCAUUACAUAUUUUGGUAGAUUGAGACCAGAGGAAUCUGGUGCUAAUAUAGCCGGUUUGCAAAGGCACAGCUGGAUCAUAGAAAUAUUUAACAUUUGGCAGGUAUUAGCCUGGGCUUCGAAAAAAAGAGGGGUUUUAAAGGCUGAAAGUUGUGUGCAGAAAUGCCCUUCAUCUGAAGGGAAAUGUGAAAGCAAAGCAGGACAGAGGGGUCUGUGGUGGUGUUGGUAGAACUGGGAGCUGGACGCUUCAUUCCUGCUCCAACCUCCCUGUGUGGAUUACCUGGGAGAAAGCAACAGUCUUUCCAUUCCUCUGCCUCAUCCAUCACUGAGAUUUCCUGAGGCUCAAGAAACACUCUUUAAAAGCUAUACAUUGGCAAGUGCUGUUUCAAGUAUGAUGGUGUCUGAAAGGCUGAACACCACAAUUUGUUUUUGUAGACAAUAUUGGAUGGCUCCAGCCAUUGUGCACAGCAUGGAGAUCAGCAAAUGUGAAAUGAGGAUGUACUGCUGCAUUUGUUGCUCACUAGACUUGCCCUGUGCUGCCUGGAUUUGCAAAUCAAUUCAGAUGCC